UUUUCCCUUUUUUCCGUCCUAAGCUCUCAACCUCCCUCUGCCAAAUAUCUCUCAUUGUCUCUCGAGCCUAGUUUCCAUAUCGUCCAUAUUCACACAAGUCUACAAUGGCUACUGCACUGCGCCUAUCUUCGUCCUUGAGGGGAGUUUCUCUCAAGGCACCGUCAUUUGCGACAAGGAGUGCUGCCUUCACAGCUGCGCGCUACUAUUCCUCGAAGACACAGACAUUGAAGGAACGCUUCGCGGAGCUUUUGCCAGAGAACAUUGAGAAGAUCAAGGCUCUGCGGAAAGAGAACGGGUCCAAGGUUGUCGACAAGGUCACGCUUGACCAGGUAUAUGGCGGCGCGCGUGGCAUCAAGUGCCUAGUCUGGGAGGGCUCUGUUCUGGACGCCGAGGAGGGCAUCCGCUUCCGCGGCAAGACCAUCCCCGAAUGCCAGGAGCUCCUCCCCAAGGCUCCAGGCGGCAAGGAGCCGCUGCCAGAAGGCCUCUUCUGGCUCCUCCUUACCGGCGAGGUUCCGACUGAACAGCAGGUUCGCGACCUCUCCGCCGAGUGGGCUGCGCGGUCCGAUAUCCCCAAGUUCGUCGAGGACCUCAUCGACCAUUGCCCGUCCGACCUGCACCCAAUGGCCCAGUUCUCUAUCGCUAUCAACGCUCUCGAGCACACAUCCUCCUUUGCCAAGGCAUAUGCCAAGGGUCUGAACAAGAAGGAGUACUGGACGUACACUUUCGAGGACUCGAUGGACCUGAUUGCUAAGCUCCCGACCAUUGCUGCUCGCAUCUACCAGAAUGUCUUCAAGGGCGGCAAGGUCGCCCCUGUGCAGAAGGAUAAGGACUACAGCUUCAACUUUGCCAACCAGCUCGGCUUCGGGAACAACGCCGACUUCGUCGAGCUGAUGCGACUUUACCUCACCAUCCACACAGACCACGAGGGCGGCAACGUCAGCGCUCACACUACCCACCUUGUUGGCAGCGCUCUGAGCUCCCCCUUCUUGUCUGUCGCUGCCGGCAUGAACGGUCUCGCUGGCCCUCUGCACGGCCUGGCCAACCAGGAGGUCCUGAACUGGCUUACCGAGAUGAAGAAGUCGGUCGGUGAUGAUCUCAGCGACGAGGCCAUCACCAAGUACCUCUGGUCGACACUCAAUGCCGGCCGGGUCGUUCCGGGUUACGGCCACGCAGUCCUGCGCAAGACCGACCCUCGCUACAUGGCACAGCGCAAGUUCGCCCAGGAGAAGAUGGCCGAGGACCCCAUGUUCAAGCUGGUCAGCCAGGUUUAUAAGAUUGCUCCCCAGGUCCUCACCGAGCACGGCAAGACCAAGAACCCUUACCCCAACGUCGAUGCCCACUCCGGUGUCCUCCUUCAGUACUACGGCCUGACUGAGGCAAGCUACUACACUGUCCUCUUUGGUGUGUCGAGGGCCAUUGGUGUCCUCCCACAGCUGAUCAUCGACCGUGCCGUCGGUGCCCCCAUCGAGAGGCCCAAGUCUUUCUCGACCGACAAGUGGAUCGAGAUCUGCAAGAAGCUGUAAGAUGAGCUAAACGAGCUAUUCUGAGGAACCAGUGGUGGUUGGGAUGGGAAUAUUAGACUAGACUUUGGGACGGAUACCUACCUACCGACCCGCUACGUGUGUACAAUACAGAUUCCAUUUACAUGGCGGGAAUACUAGGCAUUAUAAUGUUGGAAUACUCGACUUGGAAAAUCCGUGACGUGUACCUUGCCAAUGGCACGAAGAACCCUUUGAUCAGGAUUGGACCCUCCAUAUUAGGUAUAAAACAUAUCCAGAUAGGUAUUU